UCGUUCCCGAUAGCAGUCCUAGGAUUUGGCUUUGAGCGUUGCUGUCACGCAGGCCUUCUGAUCUCCUACAAAGAUCCCUGAGCAGAUAGCAAUCGUACAUCGUCGCAGGACUUAGUCGACUUCUCGUACUGCAAGUUUAUUUUUAAAAAAAUAUUUGAGAAAAUGGCCAUCUACCCGGAGCCGCCAAUAGGGAAUCUAACCUUACUUCAUGCGAUAGCAUAUGCAAGACAACAGAAGGGAUUGCAUAUUUAUUUUGACGAGCCACCAGCAAAGGCGCUCUCACUCUCUACUCCAAUACAGCAAAUACAGAAAUGCAACUGCAGCGACAUGAACAUCACGUUUGUUCUUCGAGCUCUUGAAGAUAAACCACAGUACAUCGUUGGAAUAGAAGAUGACAAGGACACCACAGCAAUGGAAGCAGGAGUCGGAGGACCUUCCUUCUGUUUCAUGGGGCGCGCAAAAGACGGCACUUGGAAGGACAAUGCUUGUUCCCAGGAAGCGUUUGUUGCCAAAAAGGACGACUUUCUUACCACCAAAUUUCUUAUCUCAAAUAAGGAUGGCUUCGGAAAAGGAAUUAGUCAAGUGGCGCAUUUACUGCGAGAUCAAAAUAUGUGUUUCAUGUCGUCUGGCGGCUACGCUGUCAUGAAAGGCCGCUUCAAGACAGAGAACCCCCAAAUUAACGGCAUAGCCAUCGGCAUUGGUAAGGGGCACCAGCAUAUGUAUAAGACAUACGCCUACGGCAACAGCGAGCCUGCUACUUUCAUGAUAUAUGUAAAUGAUUUAAACACCACAGUCUCUGAUAAUAGGACGACACAAACAAUCACCACCAAAAUGCCAGGUGAUGAAUUCGUGUAUCUCGCGUUCAUCAAUAUGGAAGUAGAAGACAUGGAGAUCCACUCUGGUCGCCGCCCUCAUGACUGACUUAAUAGCACCAAUUCAAUCUUUUCGCAUUACGAUUUAUAAAUGAUUAAAUAAAGUUGAAUCACCAGCUC